AUUAUCCUAAUUAAAAUCCCAAAAGCUAAUCAUUCAAAUGGAGGGAGUUUUAGUUAUUUUUUUAAUUUUAACCAUUUGGCUGGCGUGAUAGAAUUUACCAUUCCCUUUUGGUCAACAAUAUUCAUCAUUUGAGGAUAGUUAAGCGCAUGAGGCAGUCAGAUGCAUGAUGGAUUGUUGUCAUUUAAUCUAUUCAUUCUUUAAUGAAUUCAACCUUCCAUCACGGAUCUCUGGUGGGUGCGCGCGCGUCCCCAGCCCAGACAGCCGCGCGCCUGUCCUCCAGACGGCGGCGGCGACGACGAAGCGAAGGCGGCCUGGCCUGCCUGACUGGGAUGAACGCGGGACGCCGACGUCAGAGCGACAAACGAACAACUCAGCUCGGCCGGGCCACGUAGCGCCAGCGGGGCGGCUCAGGUCGCCGGUGGGCUCCCGUCUCGGUUCAUCUCGGGACAGCGGCUUCUUCUUCACUCCCUCCCGCGGUUGAAGAAGCGCAUGAGACCCUGAUCGUGAACUACCGUGCCUGCAUGGGCUCCGGGAGGAGGUCGUAGAGGUGAUGCUCUGCUCAUGGCCCCAGAUGGCAGAAAGACGUGAGGUGUUCCUUUCUUCGACCUUACCUGCUCUGCCCUUCACAGGAAGUGAACUUAAGCUUCGUCAACUGCUAUUUUAAAGUUUAUGGCGGCGCGUCUGUGACAGGUUGUACGCCUUUCCGUUGUAGUUUCCCUCCAUGGAUGAUAUGGACGCGUUGUUUGAAUCCGGUUGACUGUCUCAUACACCUCAUCCCCUCCUUCCUCUUGAGGGAAGGUGGGGGUUCGGUGCACCUUACCCCUCUUUGUGGAGCCACUUCAGCUUCGUAACCUUUCAUGAAAUCCCGCCAAAGCCUCAAGCAGGAGGUCUCUGCCCCGUGCCUGGGCGGGAUGUCACAGGAAGAGGGCCGCAGGCCGCAGGUGUCACAGUCCUUCUACCGCCCCCCCAUGCCAGAGGUGGACCUGACGGGAAAGCUCUACAAGAGGGAGGCGGGUGGCAAGCCCUACUCUGUACUGGUGGACAACAAAAUGGCGACCAAGACGGCGGCUGACAGCGCUCAGCAGUAUUUCCGUGAGGGUGCGGCAGGACGAGGCAUACGCACGCAGGACGAUGAGGACACUUCAGAGGAGACCGAAGAUGACGACGAAGAGGAGGACGGACAGGAGGAGGGUUUUAAGCGUGAGCAGAUCAUAGUGGAGGUAAAUCUCAACAAUCAGACCCUCCACGUUUCCAAGGGCGACAACAAAGGCGAUGCGGCUGGAGACGACUUGGAAAGAGGUUGCAGUGAGGAUGAUGAAGAUGGGGAAGAGGUUGAAGAUGAGAGCCCCUACGAGGAUGAGUACGAGGAUGAGGAGAUCGAAAGACGAAGAACGAGGUCAAAGAGGGCCCACAGAAGUGCGAGUUGCGCUUCCGGCCAGCCACAGAGGAAGAGUCUCCGAACGUCUCUAAACUCGCCAUCCUCAGGAAUGACCACCCGGGGGCGACGGAAGCACACCGAGACAGCAAAGAUCCAACGGCGUUCUGCCCGUUCCACUCCGCCGGUGUCCGCAGGUGUCAUGGUCCCGAGCGGCAAGGCUGAGGGAGAGAAGGAGAUGCUGGCGUGUGAAAAGUGCCCUCGCGUGUUCAACACACGCUGGUACCUGGAGAAGCACAUGAACGUAACGCACAGGAGGAUGCAGAUCUGUGACAAGUGUGGCAAGAAGUUUGUCCUGGAGAGUGAGCUGGCCUUGCACCAGCAGACCGAUUGCGAGAAGAACAUUCAGCCUUUCAUGAAAUCCCGCCAAAGCCUCAAGCAGGAGGUCUCUGCCCCGUGCCUGGGCGGGAUGUCACAGGAAGAGGGCCGCAGGCCGCAGGUGUCACAGUCCUUCUACCGCCCCCCCAUGCCAGAGGUGGACCUGACGGGAAAGCUCUACAAGAGGGAGGCGGGUGGCAAGCCCUACUCUGUACUGGUGGACAACAAAAUGGCGACCAAGACGGCGGCUGACAGCGCUCAGCAGUAUUUCCGUGAGGGUGCGGCAGGACGAGGCAUACGCACGCAGGACGAUGAGGACACUUCAGAGGAGACCGAAGAUGACGACGAAGAGGAGGACGGACAGGAGGAGGGUUUUAAGCGUGAGCAGAUCAUAGUGGAGGUAAAUCUCAACAAUCAGACCCUCCACGUUUCCAAGGGCGACAACAAAGGCGAUGUGGCUGGAGACGACUUGGAAAGAGGUUGCAGCGAGGAUGAUGAAGAUGGGGAAGAGGUUGAAGACGAGAGCCCCUACGAGGAUGAGUACGAGGAUGAGGAGAUCGAAAGACGAAGAACGAGGUCAAAGAGGGCCCACAGAAGUGCGAGUUGCGCUUCCGGCCAGCCACAGAGGAAGAGUCUCCGAACGUCUCUAAACUCGCCAUCCUCAGGAAUGACCACCCGGGGGCGACGGAAGCACACCGAGACAGCAAAGAUCCAACGGCGUUCUGCCCGUUCUACUCCGCCGGUGUCCGCGGGCGUCAUGGUCCCGAGCGGCAAGGCUGAGGGAGAGAAGGAGAUGCUGGCGUGUGAAAAGUGCCCUCGCGUGUUCAACACACGCUGGUACCUGGAGAAGCACAUGAACGUAACGCACAGGAGGAUGCAGAUCUGUGACAAGUGUGGCAAGAAGUUUGUCCUGGAGAGUGAGCUGGCCUUGCACCAGCAGACCGAUUGCGAGAAGAACAUUCAGUGCGUCUCCUGUAACAAAUCCUUCAAGAAGCUGUGGUCGCUGCACGAGCACAUCAAGAUUGUGCACGGCUACGCCGAGAAGAAAUUCUCGUGCGAGAUCUGCGAGAAAAAGUUCUACACCAUGGCCCAUGUCCGCAAGCACAUGGUUGCUCAUACCAAGGACAUGCCGUUCACCUCUCUUCAGAACUGCGACGAGCGCUUCCAGUACAAGUACCAGCUGCGCUCACACAUGAGCAUACACAUUGGACACAAGCAGUUCAUGUGCCAGUGGUGCGGCAAAGACUUCAACAUGAAGCAGUAUUUUGACGAGCACAUGAAAACGCAUACAGGAGAGAAGCCGUUCAUUUGCGAGAUUUGCGGCAAGAGCUUCACCAGCCGGCCCAACAUGAAGCGCCACCGCCGCACGCACACGGGCGAGAAGCCGUACCCGUGCGAGGUAUGCGGCCAGCGCUUCCGCUUCUCCAACAUGCUCAAGGCGCACAAGGAGAAGUGCUUCCGGGUCACCAGCCCGUUGGUGCUGCAGCCCGGCGGCCCGCCCGUGCCGGUCGGCCUCUUCGCCAGCACUUUCUCCACCUCCUCCUCUUCGUCGUCUUCUGGUCCCGGGCCUUCAGCGGCCACCUCGCCAGCCGUCACCAGCGCGACCACCCAGGGUAUCCACUCACCCGGGGCGGCCUUACCCCUGCGAGGCCCUUUGGGACACACCUUCCCCCACGUGCAGCUCCACACGGCCUCCUCGCACCAACACUCCCAACCGCACCUUUCAAACGCCCACCACCACCACCUGGCAGUGCCCCCGGUCUCCCACCUGCCCCCUCCGCCGGCCCUUUUCAAAAGCGAGCCUCUCAACCACUGUGGGCAUGAAGAUAGCACUUACAUGCACCACAUGGCGUCUGCUGAAAAGGGUCCUGGAGCCUCUCAACAUCACUGAAUUGUGAACCACAACCCGCGGGCGCUGCCUCAGUCACUCAAACCAUCACUAACUUCUUGGAUUCAAUAUGUAAACCAGUGGGCCACCUUUUUUUUUUUUGUAGGCAAAACCCAGUCCUUCGUUUACGCACACCAUCUGGCACCAAGUUAAGUUACGUUUUCACUGAGCAAGUCUUUAUGCAUUUAUUCUUUUUAAUCCAUUGUAAAAAAAAAA